AUGGAACCCUCUCACAGUGCCCGCAAGCACCGCCUAUCAGACGUCAACUCACCGAACGCUCUUGUCCACAAGCCUACCCCAUUGUCCUGCCCUCCGUCCAAACGCCCUAACAAUAACCUACACCACCCUAGAAGUCAAGCUCUGUCACUCAAAAGCCCCGCGGCAGAACCUGCGCCCAUGCCCACUACCAUUUCCGCCGUAAUCCCAGCCGCUGUCAUCCCAGCCGCUGAAGUGGGGUCAGCUCCCACCACCACCACACUCUUGAUCGAUGGCCACGAGUUUCUUAUGCCAAAGGAUCCCCUCCAAGCGUUCCACACCACCAGGUCGCAGACCAUCGCCUCUUUCCGCGCCGUAUGGGCAGGGGCCCCAGGUGCUCAAGACACAGGCUUCGUCUUCGGUACUGCCCUGGCUCCUGCGGCUGCACAGCCCGGCGUCUGCGGCGGCUUGAGCAUACGUCAGCCCAUCGUCACCCACCACACUGGAAAUGUUAGAGAGAUCUCUAUUCAUAACCACGUUUUCAUCAUUCCCACCGAUGAGGUGGCUGCGUUUCUCGCCACCCGCGAGAUGACCAUGGAGUCGUUUCGGCGCGUGGCAGAGGGGGGUGCGGAGGCACGGGACAUAGCAUUGGUGUCUGGCACUGCUACCGUACGCCUUAGUGAGGAAAGCAUGUCCGGGGGAAGGCCGGCGGACAAAAAGAGAGCUACUGCCGACAGGAUGGGUACGAAGGGUGAACGUCCUCCUGCCCACCAGAGGUCACAGGGUCUGGAUAAGGAUGACGACAGGGACGAGGAAGAAGAAUACGAUCAAGGCGAAGAAGGAGGCGGAAAUGAGGGGGGGAAGACGAAGAACAAGAAGAAGAACAAGAAGAAGAAGAAGAAGAGAAAGAUAAGGAAGAUGAAGAGGGAGUUAAAGAAGAAGAGAAAGACGAAGAGAAAGGCUACUCCCCGCCAGCGUGCAGCGCACCGACCAUCCCUACCACUCGCACCCCGCAACAGCACAAUGCCACAGCCGCGGCUUCUAAGACCGCCCCAACCCCAAAGUCUACCAGUGUCCGAACACCAACAGCCCCUGGCAGGAAGGGCUACUAUCCCAAGGACAUGCCCCUCGGUGAUUUCAGUGGCUUCGCGCAAGCACAGCGGGAGUUAG